AUGGACCAGUUUCUCCACACAAGGUCAAGUCUCAAGUCAGAAUUGACCGAAUGGAAAGAGAGCGAUGCUGGCCAAUUUGCUCACAAACACGGCUUCAUUCCUGCUGCGAGGAUGAGGAAUGUUGAUGCAGCAGAAGACGAGGAGCUACGCCGCUUUUUCUUGACGAAGCUACUCAUUGAAGAAGCUCAAGCAGCAAACCCCGAGGCCGUUUUCUCCACCGACACGCCAUUUACGCUCUUGACAGAAGAGGAGUUCGUCAAGUUUAUCGGUGAGUCGUAUCAGCGUGGCUCGCAUCCACUCCCAGAGACUUUGCCGGCCGUCGGGGUGUUCUCGAACUCAACAAUUUCUGUCGCCACUGAAAAAGACUGGACGACUUCGGGCUGUGUCGUUGACGUCAAGAACCAGGGCCAGUGUGGUUCUUGUUGGGCCUUUGCCGCCGUGGCGGCUCUAGAAAGUGCCAUUUGCCUCGCCGGUGAGCCCCUGGUGUCUCUUUCCGAGCAACAGCUGGUAGACUGUGACAAGACGUCGUAUGCUUGCCAAGGCGGGUAUCCCGGCGACGCCUUGACCUUCAUCAAGCGCUCUGGAGGCGUCUGUAAAGAGCAAGACUACCCGUAUGUAUCUGGGGACACGGGGGACCGCGACUCCUGCCAAGCAUCGUCUUGCAACAUGCAAUCCGUGACCAUCCGCGAGGUAGUGGCAGUUCCCGAGAGCGAGAUUGGUCUUGUUCAAGCCAUUAGCGGCCGCCCUGUAGCCGUCGGUGUCGCAGCGGGCAACAGCUCUUGGAAGCAGUACAAGGGAGGCAUUGUGUCUGCCUGCUCGUCAAAGGAGCUUGACCAUGCGGUGUUGGCGGUGGGCUACGGAGGUAGUGGCUCGUCGUCCUACUUCAAGAUCAAAAACUCGUGGGGAACCGAGUGGGGCGAGGCGGGCUACAUGAGGCUCAAACGCGGCGCUGGUACUGGCAGCUCCGGCACAUGUGGCAUCAUCGGUCCCAAGUCGGUCUUCCCGCAGCUCUGA